AUGAAAGAUGACAACUUCACGAUAUUUUCCUCAAUUCUUCUCGGAAUCUUGCAAGUGCUCACAUUUUUCGGCUUUGUUUUGAUGGCUUUUGUCGCCGAGCCGAUUGCGCAUUCGGUGAGGGAAAGAUGUCCAGAAUGUUUGGUGGAAUUUGCUGGAUAUUAUGGACAGUGCAUCGUUUUCUUCGUAUUCACUUUCACCAAUUUGUUAUCACCCUGUAUUCUCCACUAUAUCGCUUAUUUCUGUGGUGCAAGUGCUUAUUCGGCGAUGCAAGCGACAAGUCAAACAUUUACAAGAAAUACUUCGAUUAUUUGGAUGAUCGGUGGAACAAAUAACUUUAUUAGCGCUCUAUUUAUGAUCCUAUCAUCCAACUUAUCAACAACCAAAAAUGACUCUGUGACAACUACACCUGCUUCAAGAAAAGCUACUUAUCGAGACUUCUCGGAAUCAGAAAUUCGAAUUUUAACCCUUUUUAUGAUUGGUAUCACUUUUCUGGCAGUAAUCUUGGCUUUCUUGCUGCCAAACCGCAAGAUCAAAGACUCACUUUAUGAGAAAACGGAACAUGUUGAUUCAAUCAAGGCACAAUUAGUCAAACUCCAUUCC